AUGUGGGAAUUGGUGACCUUGCUGGGGCUCAUCCUAGCUUAUCUCUUUUGGCCCAGACAAGGGUCUUCUGGUACCAAGUACCCAAAGAGCCUCCCCUCUCUGCCCGUCGUGGGCAGCCUGCCAUUCCUUCCCAAAAGCGGCCACAUGCACGUGAACUUUUUCAAACUGCAGAAGAAAUAUGGUCCCAUCUAUUCCUUUCGUCUGGGCUCCACAACUACAGUGGUCAUUGGCCACCACCAGCUGGCCAGGGAGUUGCUUAUCAAGAAGGGAAAGGAAUUCUCUGGACGGCCCCUGACGACCACUGUGGCCCUCCUGUCAGACAAUGGGAAGGGCAUUGCUUUUGCUGACUCCAGUGCCACUUGGCAGCUGCACCGGAGGCUGGUCCUGAGCUCCUUUUCCCUGUUCAGGGAUGGUGAGCAGAAGCUGGAGAACAUCAUCUGUCAAGAACUCAGUGCCCUGUGUGAUUUUCUGGCCACCUGUGAUGGACAGGUCAAGGAUUUAUCUUCGUCAAUCUUCAUGACGGUAGUCAACAUCAUCUGCAUGAUCUGCUUCAGUGUCUCAUACAAGGAGGGGGACAUGGAGUUGGUGACCAUAAGGCGCUUCACAACAGGCUUCGUGAAUAGCCUGAGUGAUGACAAUCUCGUGGACAUAUUCCCCUGGCUGAAGAUCUUCCCCAAUAAAACCCUGGAAAUGAUAAGGAAGUAUACUGAAAUCCGAGGAGCCAUGCUGAGUAAGAUCCUGAAAGAGUGCAAGGAGAAGUUCAGAAGUGACUCUGUCUCCAACCUAAUAGACCUGCUCAUCCAAGCCAAGGUGAAUGAAAACAACAACAAUUCCAGCUUGGACCAGGACUCCAAUCUGUUUUCAGAUAAGCACAUUCUCACCACCUUAGGAGACAUCUUUGGGGCUGGUGUGGAGACCUCCAGCUCCGUGGUGCUCUGGGUCAUAGCCUUCCUGCUGCACAACCCACAGGUGAAGAAGAAGAUCCAGGAGGAGAUUGACCACAAUGUGGGUUUCAGCCGCACGCCCACCUUCAGUGACCGGAACCACCUGCUCAUGCUGGAGGCCACCAUCCGAGAGGUCCUCCGCAUCAGGCCGGUGGCCCCCAUCCUCAUCCCUCACAAGGCUAACACUGACUCCAGCAUUGGAGAGUUUGCCAUUGACAAGGACACCAAUGUGCUUGUCAACUUGUGGGCCUUGCAUCACAAUGAGCAGGAGUGGGACCGGCCGGACCAGUUCAUGCCUGAGCGCUUCCUGGACCCAACAGGGAGCCAAAUCAUCGUCCCCUCCUCGAGCUACUUGCCCUUUGGAGCUGGGCCCCGCUCCUGUGUAGGAAGCCCGCUCUGGCUCUGCAGCCAGCCCGAGUGUUGUCCACAGAACCCAAGGCACAGCAAGUCAGCCCAGCCUAAGGCACCAACAGCCUGCAAGCCUCCUCUCCAGACCACUGUGAGCUCCUCUGAAGAGGAGCAGGCCCAGAAGGCAUUCCAUCCCCCGAGCCUAACACAGGGUGGCACCACGCAGGCCUGGGCACUGGUGAGGCCACCCAGCUGUCCCCAGACUCUGGGCCUUGCAGCCUUCUCACCAGGGUUAGCCAGGAGUGGUCCAGCCAACCUAGCUUGGUUGAAACAGGAAAUGGGUGUGGGGAAUUUCUCUAGUCUUGUUCACCACAACUGCCCCAUCUGGAGCUUGGGGCAUGAAUCAGGUCUCCACCAGCACUUGGUCGCUUGGGGUCAUGAGACAACCCAGCUGUCACUUCUCAUUGGAGAAUGAGGAACUCGGUGAUCCAGGAGCCUGGACAACAGGGAGACACAUAGCCACUAGAAACCAGCCCACAGGCGCCGUUCCAUCAGUCAACAGCUUUUAAGAAUGAGCCCUGCCUGGUGGGACGUGCCUGUAAUCCCAGCAUUCUGGGAGGUUGAGGCAGGAGGACUGCAUAUUUGACCCCCAAUCUAGGUAACUUAGAUGUCUUAAAAUUAAAAAAAAAAUUAAAGAGCUAAGGCUAUAGCUCAAUGUAAGGUCCUAGAUUCGACUGUUAAGAGCUUUAAAAAUGAAUGAAUAAAAAACGGCAGAAAUGA